AUCUAAAACCUCUGUUUUUGACAUUAAUGUUGCUUUGCAGUCAACUAAAGAUUGUGUCUUUCGUCUAGUAUUUGAUACAAUGGUCAUGAUCACGUUUUAAAAGUUGCUAAUAGAUGCUUACUGUAACAGCUCCAGUGAAUUCAUUUGGGUUUUUAAAAGGUUCGAGUCUACAUUACUGCUAGUCAUGAUAUGUGUGUAAGAAGGGUGGUGAAGAGGGAUUGAGAGGUGAAGAACACUGAGCUUAAAGAAAAAAUGCGGGAAAAAGUGACUGUUACAAGUGAUCUUCCCUUUAAUGAUGGCCUUAUAUGGGGGAGGAGAAAUGGUUUUUCUUAUUUCAACCCCCCUGCUUUCAAAUUAUGUUUCGUGCAUUAGGUAAAAUAAGAUCAGUGAACCAACGAUGGAAUGACUAACACAAAGACGCACUGUAGUUAACUCUACAACAAAUUUGAUUACAAAGACUUUAUCACCUUUGGGACAAUCAGCCCGCAACAUGUCCAAAUUAAAGUCUCAUUCUGGAGCCAAGAAGAGAUUCAUGCCUACUGCUAAUGGUAACUAUAAGCGUUGGCAGGUUGGUCUUCGUCAUUUGAAUUCCGGCUUCUCUGCUGAAAGAACCAACCGUCUUUCUAGAACUGUAUUUGUUGACAAGACACAAAAGCGAAUGCUUAGAAAGGCUUUGCCCUAUUCUUGUUCUAAAUAAACAUGAAGGAAUUAUGAUUGUAAAUAAUAAAUAGAAGAUUUUAAUGUGAUACACAUGAUGAUGAUAGUUGCAAAAAUGGGAAAGAGAGAAGGGGAGUCCCUGACGUAUUUUAGGUGGUACAAUC